AUGGACGAAAGGACAUAUAGAGCGAAGAUUCCUGUCUACUCCGUACAUCAGCCCCGAACAUUGUUGUCGAGAAUCAUUGGAUGGAAAGCUCAGGAACAAAGCGGCGACAAAAGGCAGAAUAGGUGUACCCAGGAAGUUUAUAGAGACAUGGUUCUCUCCUUUAUCCUUGUUCAGAACCGACAAGGGAAGACCCGGUUGGCCAAGUGGUACGCGCCGUAUACAGAUGAUGAGAAAGUGAGACUCAAGGGCGAGGUUCACCGCCUCAUCGCACCCCGCGACCAAAAGUACCAAUCUAAUUUCGUCGAAUUCCGACGAAGCACAAAAAUCGUCUACCGCCGUUACGCAGGCCUCUUUUUCUGCGCAUGUGUUGACGCAAAUGACAAUGAGUUAGCGUAUUUAGAGGCUAUUCACUUCUUCGUUGAGGUCCUAGAUCAAUUCUUUGGGAAUGUGUGUGAGUUGGAUUUGGUGUUCAAUUUCUACAAGGUCUAUGCAAUUCUUGAUGAGGUCUUUCUUGCGGGCGAGAUCGAAGAGACAAGUAAACAAGUUGUUCUGACGAGAUUGGAGCAUUUGGACAAACUCGAGUGA